AUGGCGGACUCCCAAAUGAAUCUACAAGAGAACGCGGAAUUAAUCCAGCGCUACCUCCUUCAUCUUAGAUUACGAAAAGAAGAAGCGGAUCGCAGCUACAUUCCUACGCCUUGGGAAGAGUUAUCGGAAGAAGAACAACUCCUUCUUGCCACCUACCACGCUCACAUUCAUCAGGAAGAAGAUCUCGAUCAACAGAUCAAGUUCCGAGGCUUCCUUCGCGAGAUCCGCGAGAAAAAUACCCAACUCUGCCGCAAAAGAUAUCUCGAUAAGAUGUCUACCUUUGAGACUGGUGUUAUCCGACAAGAACGAGCUAGUCCAACUCCCUCUAUAGACACUGAUAACGGGUCCUCAGAUCCAACAGACAAGAGUCCAACUACACAGACUUACGAGGCCCCCUCCCAGCUCCAACGCGACCUCGCGGCGGCAAAGGAGCUACAAACUUGA